CAGGAGACAGCUCCCUCCCAGUGACCACUUUGGGUUCUCUGGGACAGUGGCCACAGACCACCUGGCCCCUUCUCGAAAUCCACCUGGCUGGGGCAUCUGACAAUUACAGGUGAGCCAGACUCCGCCUCUGGGCAUGGCAGAAUCUGCACAGGCCCCGAAGCUGGUGUACCUGGUCACAGGUGGCUGUGGUUUCCUGGGGGAACACAUAGUGCGCAUGCUGCUGGAACGGGAGCCAAAGCUCCGUGAGCUGCGGAUCUUUGACCUGCACCUGAGUCCAUGGCUGGAGGAACUGAAGACAGGGCCUGUGCAGGUGACUGCUAUCCAGGGAGAUGUAACCCAGGCCCAUGAGGUGGCAGCAGCCGUGGCUGGAGCCCAUGUGGUCAUCCACACUGCUAGUCUAGUGGACGUGUUUGGGAGAGCCAAUCCCAAAACCAUCCACGAGGUCAACGUGCAGGGCACGAUGAACGUGAUCGAGGCUUGUGUGCAGGCUGGAACACAGUUCCUGGUCUAUACAAGUAGCAUGGAAGUUGUGGGGCCUAACUUCAAAGGUCAUCCCUUCUACAGGGGCAAUGAGGACACCCCAUACGAGGCCGCACACACACACCCCUAUCCUUGCAGCAAGGCCCUUGCAGAGCGGCUGGUCCUGGAGGCCAACGGAAGGAAGGUCCGUGGAGGGAUGCCUCUGGUGACGUGUGCUCUGCGUCCCACGGGCAUCUACGGUGAAGGCCAUCAGAUCAUGAGGGAUUUCUAUCAUCAAGGCCUGCGCCUGGGGGGUCGGCUCUUCAGGACCAUCCCAGCCUCUGUGGAACAUGGCCGGGUCUAUGUGGGCAACGUGGCGUGGAUGCACGUCCUGGUUGCCCGAGAACUACCGCCAAGAGCCCCACUCAUGGGUGGCCAAGUCUAUUUCUGCUAUGACAAGUCACCCUAUAAGAGCUACGAGGACUUCAACAUGGAAUUCCUGGGCCCCUGCGGACUGCGGCUGGUAGGCACCCGCCCACUGUUGCCCUAUUGGCUGCUCUUCAUCUUGGCCACCCUCAACGCCCUGCUCCAGUACCUUCUACGCCCACUGUUGCUGUACACACCCCUGUUGAACCCCUACACACUGGCUGUGGCCAACACCACCUUCACUGUCAGCACCAACAAGGCACAGCGCCAUUUUGGCUAUGAGCCUUUGUUCUCAUGGGAAGAUAGCCGGAGACGCACCAUUCGCUGGGUGCAAACCAUAAAGGGUUCAGUUCAAUGACAGCAGGUCUGGGCUCUGGUGGCCAUCACGUUCUGGCCACCUGAGUCCUCACAUGGAUGGAGAGAGUGACUGUGUUACAGGAGCUCAGGGCCCUGGUACCCGACUGGCCAACUCAGAGUCCUCUCUCUGCAGUGGAAGACCACGAGGCUGCCAGGAGUCUGUACUUUGCUACCUCUGAGUUCUAGGACAGGGCUGGGGACAAACAGCAUCUUCCCUCUUAGCCUAGGCUUGCUGGGUGGUUGCAGGGAACUGGAUCCUAAAUGAUAUCAUGACUCCAUCGCAAGUGUGGUUUUCUGAGCAUAAAAUGGCUGAGGUUCCACAGGCUUUGUGCU